AACACACUGAUCAUGCUCAUGGACCAAAACAAUGCUAUUAUAUCCAUAGACCCAACUAUGCCAACUAACUCAGCAAGUUCUCCUUACAAAGUGGUCCCUCUCAGUGAUAGACAGCUCACAGAAGAAGAAGACUUGAUGCAAAAUGUUCUGACGCAAGUUGCCGACCAGUUUUCAAGAAUUUUCAAAGUCAAUGACCUGAAAACUGAAAUCUCAAGCAGGUUGGCAGCAUUGGAAAAGAGGGUUGAAUUGGAAGGUUUAAAGGUGGUGGAAAUAGAGAAAUGUAAGAAUGACCUGAAGAUACUUAAGGAUGAAUUGUCAUUGAGCAGCAGAUCAAACACAUCUUGCAAACACACAAUCGUGGAGGAGCCUAUAAAACUGCCUCUGCAACGUGAUGUUCCAAAAUAUCCCAAGUACACACUCUCUCAGGAGACUAUCGAAGCACUGAAGAAGCCAACGUUUGAUGUCUGGCACUGGGAAUACAAUGAGAUGCUCAGCUGUCUGGAGUACAUGUACCAUGAUCUGGGACUGGUGCAAGAGUUUAAUAUGAACCCCAUCACACUGAAACGCUGGCUGCUCAGCAUUCAGGAGAACUAUCGGAACAAUCCCUUCCACAACUUCCGGCACUGUUUCUGUGUGACACAGAUGAUGUAUGGUAUGAUCCAUCUGUGCAAUUUACAGGAGAGACUGAGUCUGACAGAUUUGGUGAUAUUAAUGACGGGAGCGAUAUGCCAUGAUCUCGAUCACCCUGGAUAUAACAAUGCGUACCAGAUCAAUGCCCGCACUGAGCUUGCUGUUCGCUACAAUGACAUUUCUCCCCUGGAGAACCAUCACUGUGCUGUCGCCUUCCAGAUCCUCUCGCAGCCGGAAUGCAACAUCUUCGCUAAUGUGGACCCAGAAGUCUUCAAACAGAUCAGACAGGGCAUUAUUACACUUAUCUUGGCAACAGACAUGGCUCGACAUGGAGAGAUAUUGGACUCAUUCAAACCAAAAGUUGCUACCUUUGACUUCUUGAAUGAAGAACAUAAGAUCAGUCUGAAAAUGCUUCUCAUCAAGUGCUGUGAUAUUUCCAAUGAAGUGCGGCCAACAGAGGUGGCAGACCCUUGGGUUGACUGCUUGCUUGAAGAAUACUUUACACAGAGUGACAGGGAGAAAUCUGAAGGUCUCCCAGUAGCUCCAUUCAUGGAUCGCGAUAAGGUUACAAAGCCCACAGCCCAGAUUGGAUUCAUCAAGUUUGUCCUCAUACCAACAUUUGAAACACUGAUGAAAUUAUUCCCACAGAUUGAAGAAGCUAUGGUACAGCCUCUGCGAGAUUCUAGAGAUCGCUAUGAAGAGCUGAAACAGAUUGAUGAUGCCAUGAAUGAGUUGAAGAAGAAAACAGAAAAUAUUCCCCUUGGAUGGAAGAAGAAAUGAUUUCCUUUGAUUACAAACUACACUUACAGCUCUGGGUCUUACAACCGACUUGAAGAAAAUGUUGGAUAAUGAUAUAACAACUAUCAAAUUGAGUGAAUUCACGUCAAUUUAUCCUUUAACUUCAGCGAAUAGACAAAGAUAAACCAUAGAAUCACAGUUAAAUCCAAGCAAAACAUGAAGCAUAAAUCAACAUUUUCCCACUGAAUAUUUUGGAAAUUGGUUGAAUCAGAUUAGGACAUUUUUGUUUUGAAAAAGUUUUGCAAUAUAGGGAAAAACAAAAAUCAGUCAGUCUCAGAAUUUAGGGAGUUUAUACUAAUUUGACAAGAAGAAUUCAUCGUUUUUAAUUAGAAGCCAUAGGAAAAGUUGUAUUUGCCUCUGAAGUGGAUUCUCCAAUGUCCGGGGAACAUUGGUAUUCAGAACUGUAAUAAGUAAACUUCCUUCCCCCCUACCAUUCCGUCACCCUAAUAAACACGAUCGCAAUUAACCAAAACUCUGGAACAUUCUUGCAUUGUGCCAAGAGACAUUCAUUGUCAUAGAAUCCCUACAGUGUAGAAACAGGCCAGACGGCCCAUCAAGUCUGCACCAACCCUCCAAAGAGCAUCCCAUCCAGACCCACUCUCCACCAUAUCCCUGUAUUAACCAUAGCUAAUCCCCCUAGCUUACACAUCUUUGGACACUAUGGGCAAUUUAGCACAGCCAAUCAAUUUAACCUGCACAUCCUUGGACCAUGGGAGGAAAC